UUGAAUAUUUUAAUAUUGGCUUUGUUGUUGCCAGAAAAUUAUGAAUUAAAUUUGGCUGAGAAACUUUCUAGGUUAUAAUCAGGAAAGUAUAGGUAUCCCCUGCUUUUAAAAGUUCGCAUUAUGCCACUUUGCUUGUACAAAAGAUCCAUGUUAGUACCUGUUUUCACUAACAGAAAUUCGAGGAUGAUAUCUACUUUUAUGAAAAAAGACGAAAAGCAGAAAGAGCAUUCAGUGUUUGUUUUGCAACCAGGCUUUGCUUUACAGAGACAAUACACACCCAAAGCAGACAGCAGCACCACCAAGCUCCUUCCCCAGGAACUUCAUUCAGCAUCUCAGCAUCCUGUAGCCAUAGCUUUGAACUGUGUUGUGCAUGUCUGUGCUUUAUCUUGAUUUAUUUUAACCAGAUGUGUCCUAAGUAUCAGGAAAGUCUGAGAGACAUUAGUUUUUGGGUCUUGGAAUGCUCAAAACUCUUUAUAAAUUACAGUGAUAACUGAUAUUUGAUAAAUUUGAUAAGUGGUAAUUGAUAAUUGAUUCUUUGUGUUAUGCCAUUUUGGCUUAUGAAAGGGUUUUAUAGGAACACUCUACUUUUGCAUAGUGAAGGAAACCUGUAUGUUGAUUUUCUGACUCAGUAUCUUCCUCUUAGUUAUUAAAAUAGGGUCACAGCCUAGAAUCACAUCACCCAUGCUAUAUUCUGUGACCCAUUUGUUCCACAGGAUGCUAAUAGGUAUGUUACUUGUAAGAAGAGAUUCUUGGUUGUAUGAGUUUCUGAAAUUUAGUGUUAGGCAAAGUUAAAUGAAUUUUAAUUGUAGGUCUUUUCAGGGUCCUUUAUAUGCAGUGUAAAUAUCAAAAUGGGUAUAUAGUAUUUGGUGUUUCUCAAACUUCUAUACCCUUGGGCUCUUUGGUUUCUGGAACACAUUUUUGAAAAUGUUCAUAGAGAAGUAUUGAUUUUGUAGAUUUAUUCCUUCACAGAUGAGGCUUUCAUGUUCAGUCAGAUGUUACCUAAUUUUAAGGCCAGUGUCCAGAUAAGAAGAAGUAUCAACCAGCUAAUUUGAGAACAACCUUGGGAAUCUAGCCUGGAACUCACCACUCUCUGGAUUUCACUCUACAGAGCAGCUCUUGCUUCUCAGAAUUCAAAAAUAAUAAAAUGUUACUUAAUUCUGUUCUUAACUUUCAGCAGCUACUAAAGAGUUAUCUCAAAAACAUUUAAUUCUUGCUGUAGUUUUUGAUCAAGUUCCAUAUCUCUGGAUUAGUCAUAUCCAGUGGGGAAGUUGUUGCUUGAUAUAAAAAUGGAUUUGCAUUGCCAUUCACUGUGCUAAAACAAAAGAAGUAGGGCAUAAAGUUACAGUGAUGCUUUCUUUUCUUAAAAAUCAAAAUUAAGUAAUUUUUUUGCAGGGUCCAAGCACACAUUUUCCUUGCUGUCCUCUUAAGGGUUUGAUAAAACAGCUUAUGUGUAGCAUUUGAAUGUUUUUCAUAGCAAACGUAUCCAUUAAAAUUGGAAUUUGUUAAGUCUAUAUUGUUUUAUAGCAAACAAAAACCACAUAUGCACUGCAUAAAAGAUGUAUUUAAUGUAAAUGAAGUUACUAAUAAAAUUGGAAGGAGGGCAGUUUUAUCAACAGGUUUGGUUGGAAUUGCAACAGGUGGGAAUUGCAGAGAUUCUCUGAGCUUUAGUCACAACAUUUGUGUUUUGACAUUUGUGUGUUCUCACAACCAUCGUUUUGACAUUGAUUAUAUGUUUGCCUUGUUAUAGUUUACUAAUCCAUGUUGUAAUUCUUAUGUUACAUAUAGCAAUUGUGAUGUAUAUUUUCUACUUGAUACAAUGCUUUUGCUUGGACACUUUCUUAUUCCGUCAUUUUUUAUUUCUAUUCUCUGAUUCCAUGUCCUUUUUGGCAGAAAUCUUAAAGUGCUACUUUUUCAAGAAACUUAAAAUUCUCUAUAAAACAUUAUAAUCAGAGUGUUUUCACAGUAACAGUAACAAAAAAAUCCUGCCCAUCCUUAGUAAAACUAAGUCCAUGCUGGGACAAAAAUAAAAAUACAUUACUAAGGCCUUGUGGUGCUACCAAAGUGUGUUCCACAGACCAGUCCACAAACUUUGGUUGUCAGUCAACAAUGACAUAAGUAUAGAAAUCGAGUGUCCCACAACUUUAGAGCACUAAGACAUUGCAACAACAUCUAAGUGCAUAACAACUUUAUUCUAUUUUGUGAAGUAUUGGUCCUUGAUGAGUUGGAAAUUUUUUGUAAAAAAAACGACAUUUUCGGAUCAUUUGAGAAGCACUCCUUUAAUACCCAUGUAACAUGAAAGCGGUUCUGUCAAUAAAAGGACUGAGCUCUGGGAGAAACAGCAUUAAGAUCCUGUAUUCUUGUUCCUUUGAUGGCACAAUUAAACUGUGGGACUAUAUAGAUGGCAUUUUGAUAAAGACUUUCAUAGUUGGACAUAAACUUCAUGCCCUCUUUACUCUUGCCCAUGCUAAGGAUUCUGUGUUUGUUAUAAUAAAUAAAGGAAAACCAGAUAUAUUUCAGCUGGUAUCAGUGAAACUGCGAAAAUCUUCAAGCCAGGAAGUAGAAGCUAAGGAGCUCUCCGUUGUUCUGGAUCACAUAAACCAGUCACCCAAAUGCAUUGCCUUUGGGAAUGAGGGAGAAUAUGUUGCUGCAGUACGGGACUUUUACUUGUCUGUUUAUUUUUUCAAAAAGAAAACAACAUCAAGGUUUACUUUAUCAUCAUCAAGAAAUAAAAAACAUGCUAAGAACAAUUUUACAUGUGUAGCAUGUCACCCAAAGGAAGACUGCAUAGCCACUGGUCACAAGGAUGGCAAAAUUCGUCUUUGGAGGAAUUUUGAUGAUGAUAAGAAAUACACAUACACAUGUUUACAUUGGCACCAUGAUAUGGUUAUGGAUUUGGCUUUUUCAGUGACAGGCACCAGUCUGUUGAGUGGUGGUCGUGAGUCUGUCCUUGUAGAGUGGCGUGAUGCAACAGAGAAAAAUAAGGAGUUCCUCCCCCGUUUAGGAGCUACUAUUGAACACAUCUCAGUGUCGCCAGCAGGGGAUCUGUUCUGUACUUCUCACUCUGAUAAUAAGAUAAUAGUUAUUCAGCGAAACCUUGAGGCAUCUGCAGUAAUCCAAGGCCUAGUGAAAGACAGCAAUAUCUUUACUGGUUUGAUGAUUGAUCCAAGAACUAAGGCUUUGGUUUUGAAUGGAAAACCUGGCCAUUUGCAGUUUUAUUCUCUCCAGCAUGAUAAGCAGUUAUACAAUUUAGAUAUUAUACAGCAAGAAUAUAUCAGUGAUUAUGGUCUGAUCCAAAUUGAAUUAACAAAGGCUGCAUUUGGCUGCUAUGGUACCUGGCUUGCAACAGUGGAACAACGUCAAGAAAAGGAAACAGAGCUUGAAUUGCAAAUGAAACUGUGGAUAUACAAUAAAAAAACACAAGGGUUUGUUCUUAAUACAAAGGUUAACAUGCCACAUGAAGACCACAUCACAGCUGUUUGUUUCUGUAAUGCAAGAAAAUCUAAAGACCCCACUUUGGUUACAGCUAGUAAAGAUGGUCAUUUCAAAGUAUGGAUAUUAACAGAUGAUUCUGAUAUAUACAAAAAAGCUGUUGGCUGGACUUGUGACUUUGUAGGUAGUUACCACAAAUACCAAGCAACUAACUGUUGUUUCUCUGAAGAUGGCUCUUUACUAGCAGUUAGUUUUGAAGAAACAGUUACAAUAUGGGAUUCAGAAACAUGGGAACUUAAAUGUACAUUUUGUCAACGAGCUGGGAAAAUUAGGCAUCUUUGCUUUGGGAGACUGACUUGCUCAAAGUAUCUUCUCGGUGCUGCUGAAAUUGACUUUCUAUGCUGUUGGAAUCUGCUCAGCUGUGCAUUGGAAUGGAGUACAAAAUUAAAUAUUAGAGUUAUGGAACCUGAUCCUAAUUCAGAGAAUAUUGCUGCAAUCUCUCAGUCUUCAGCGGGUUCAGACUUGUUUGUAUUUAAACCUAGUGAGCCAAGGCCAUUGUAUAUUCAAAAGAAUAUCUGCAGAGAGGAAGUCACCUGGGGAGUGUUUGUUCCCCGAGAUGUCCCUGAAUCAUUCACCUCAGAAGCUUACCAGUGGCUAAACAGAUCACAGUUUUAUUUCCUAACAAAAUCACAGAGUUUGUUGACGUUCAGUACAAAGUCUCCAGAAGAGAAACUCACACCAACAAGCAAACAGCUACUAGCAGAAGAAAGUCUUCCGACAACCCCAUUUUAUUUCAUAUUGGGAAAGCACACACAGCAGCAGGAUGAAAAAUUAGCUAAGACUUUGGAAAAUGAGCUGGUACAACUACCCUUAACAGAAAACAUACCUGCAAUUAGUGAGCUUCUUCAUACUCCAGCCCAUGUGCUUCCUUCUGCUUCUUUCCUGUGCUCCAUGUUUAUAAAUUCAUUGCUGCUGUCUAAGGAGACUAAGAGUGCUGAAGAAACUCCUGAUGAUAUAGAAAUGGAAGAAGCAAAAGAAAGUGAUGAUUCAGAUGAAGAAAAUGAUUUUACUGAAAAGGUCCAGGAUACAAAUAACACAGAUUUGGGGGAAGACAUUAUACAUCAGUCAUCAAAAUCUGAAGAAAAAGAACUGAGAAAAUUCAGGAAGGUAGACUACAGCUGGAUAACUGCUCUUUAAGCCAUGGGGGAGGGUUCUUGUACUUUGUCUUUUAUUAUGUUUAUAUUCCAAAAACAUGUAUUUUAAUGUUAUUUCUGUUCGUAAAAUAAAAUAUUAAAUAUUA